CAUCAGUUUUCAGUUUUUUUCUGACUCUCUUUGCAGAUUAAUAAGUCUCACACUUUUUGAUGGAACCACAUAACCAGACAUGGAUGAAUGAAUUUAUUCUGUUUGGGUUGUCCAGUGAUUGGGAUACUCAGGUCUUCCUCUUUGUACUCUUCUUAGUGAUGUACCUGGUGACCAUGCUGGGGAACUUUCUCAUUGUUCUUCUGAUCAGCCUGGACAGCCGACUUCACACUCCCAUGUAUUUCUUUCUCACCAACCUCUCCUUUGUUGAUGUCUCCUAUGCCACAAGCAUAAUCCCUCAACUUCUGGUACAUUUUCUUACAGAACAUAAAGUCAUCCCAUUCCUGAGUUGUGCAGCUCAGUUAUUUUUUUCCCUGGCCUUGGGUGGGAUUGAGUUUGUUUUAUUGGCAGUGAUGGCCUAUGACCGCUAUGUGGCUGUGUGUGACCCCCUGAGAUAUUCGGCCAUCAUGCAUAGAGGGCUGUGUGCUAAGUUGGCCAUCACAUCGUGGGUCAGUGGCUCCAUCAACUCCCUCAUGCAGACUGCCAUCACUUUUCAGCUGCCCAUGUGCACUAACAAAUAUAUUGACCAUAUAUCCUGCGAACUCUUGGCUGUGGUCAGGCUGGCUUGUGUGGACACUUCCUCCAAUGAAGUCGCCAUCAUGGUCUCUAGCAUUGUCCUUCUGAUGACACCCUUCUGCCUGGUUCUUUUGUCCUACAUCCGGAUCAUCUCCACCAUCCUAAAGAUUCAUUCCAGAAAGGGAAGGAAGAAAGCCUUCCACACCUGUGCCUCUCACCUCAUGGUGGUUGCCCUGUGCUAUGGUAUGGCCAUUUUCACUUACAUCCAGCCCCACUCAAGUCCCUCUGUCCUUCAGGAGAAGUUGAUCUCUCUUUUUUAUGCUAUUUUGACACCUACGCUGAACCCAAUGAUUUACAGUUUAAGGAAUAAGGAGGUAAAAGGGGCCUGGCAGAAACUAUCAGGGAAAUUCUCUGGGUUAACAUCAAAACUGGCAAUUUGAUGACUCAUGAGCAUCACUUAAAGAAAAGAGCUUUGCCUCAGUGUUCGUCACCCAACUCAAAUGUGACAGGCAUAGAGUAUGUUGCCCCA